AUGUGCGGUGUGUCGGGGGUCGGUGGACAUGACGUACCAUUGCCUUCGCUCGUGACCUCCAGUGACAAGUGGCUUGUGUACGGCUGCGCUACCGACGCAUUGGUUGUGUGUGCACUGAAGGAUGAACUUCCCUCAUCUUGUUCUUCUAACGCCGGUUCCACCGGAGGUGAGAGCGAUUUUGUUCAAAAUACAUCUGUGGUAUCGCUUCCCGCAGGUGAAGAGUUGUCUGUUGUUUGUAUACAUCCAGUAAAGGACCUUUUGUGCGUUGGGACUACGCUUAACGGCGUUUACCUGACGACGGCAGCGAACCCCAACUUUAGUGCCGGUGCAAAACUGUCCCUUCGAUUCAGCGGUAUUGUCAGCCACUGUGCGUGUUUUGUUAAUGGAGUAGAAGAGGGACAUGACAUAUUGGUGAUGUCGUGUUUGUUGGAGGAGGCACUAGUGGAAUGCCACAAACUGUUACUGUGGGACGUUUGUUCAAAAGCACUUCUUUGGCGGGGAUGUACCGAAGCAAUGGUCUCAAUAACUGCUGUACCGGGAGUGGUUGGCUUUGCAAGCUGUUCGAGAAGGCACUUGCUAAUGUGGUCUUUUCGUAACGGUGCCAGUAGUGCCUCUUCUUUAACUUCGACUGCCAACAGUGCUGUAGGGGCCGACGAAGACAGUGGUGGGACGAUCACCGUUUUCAGUAAAACGUUCGCCGCUGUUGAGGAGCUGCAUGAUGUGGAGUAUGUGUGCGUUGUCACUCCAGCCUCGUCGGCAGAGAAGUCGUUGACGGUUCUUACAACUAAGGGGUUCCUUGUCUCAUUCAAUCUCCAUAGCGGUGAGCCACUCAAGUGGAUGGACUGUAAAAUUUCUUCAGUCACGUCAGCAUACAGAUGUGGAGGAGAUAUUGUGGUAUGUGGCGGUCUUGUUCGUUUCUUCUCAGAGGACUGGGUGUUUCGUGGAAAGAUCAGACCACCAGAGCACUCUCCUCAUCCCGGGACACCCCAUGCACCACAUUCGACUGGUUUGACCUGCACAGGAGCUGCACCUUGUGGCGGUAACGCAAUAGCUUUUUUCUUCACGGGAGGUGGUAUCGUUAGAUGCCGUAUCGGGCGUUUGGGAGUUGAAGCAAAAAUGUGUGACUCCGUAAGCACGUGCUCCAAGUUGACCUUUCAUUGUGUGUACGAAUAUGUACCGAUAUCUCCGCAUGAUGCGCCUAUUCAAUUGUUGGCUCUGACGCCGGAUGUGAUAUGCCUUCACUCGCGGCAUCAGCUCCGAUUGUAUGGUACUCCUCUGUUGUUUAGUCGGGGCAACAUGUCAUUUGAGAGUACUUGCUGUGCGUAUCAUCGCGGUUUAGGCGUAAUUGCGAUGUAUGAAUCUUCUGCCCACCAAAUAGUUGCUGUAACACCGGGGUUGGAAAGGGUGUUAUGUCGUUUGGGUUUGGAGGUGCCACUCACAGCCCUGAUCACCUUGGAAGAUAACCAAUUUGUAGGUUUGUCGGCCGCUAAUACAAUUAUUUACCUUGAGGGACAGUGGGGGGAAGAUAUGCAGCACUUUUCCCUGCGGUUAUUGCGAAUACAACGUUUUGCGGAACUCAAGACGCCGUUCACGCAUCUGGCAUACUCAGCAGGUGUGUUGCAUGUCGCCUCCUCCCGUGAGGUUGUUAACUUGCAUACAGGGCACAUUACUAGCUUCAACGAUGAUAUCAUUGCCCUAAUUCCGGCCAGCGGCGGCGCAUUGCUUGUAGUACACACUCACUCAUGUAUUUUCUUGAGUCCUAGCGGGGUGACACCUGUUGGUUUCCCGUUCCUUGAGGCCGACUUGCGUGGUGCUGCGUCGUCCCUGGGCAGAAGGUACGUGGCGCUCUACAAUGAAGGAAAUGUGCAUGUUGUUGAACUAAGCAGCGGUAAGCGCGUCAAGCAUAUCAGCGCCCAACGUGGUGCGAGCGGGGCCUCCCCAACUACAAUUAGAUGUGUUGGAUUCACAGCGGAUGACAGCAGUAUUGUGGUGUGUGAUUCGAGAGGGGUUCUGGAGGUGCACGGCUUUGAGGGCACGGGGCUGAUAUCACCCGGUAUUUAUGGUGAUGCCACUUCGGCAGACGACACAAAUACGAAUCGCUUUUCUAGAGAAAGCAGUUGUUCCAGCAGUAGGCGUGCAAAGCAGCUCGAUGGGCCCACGAGCACUGAGUUGCAGAACCGCUUCAAAGAUUUACAUGGUUUCUACGAGGCGUCCCGACGCGUGGCAACGGAACGAAAAGCUUACAAACUGCCCGAGAGACAUUCAAAGUUUGCAAGCAGCACUGGUACCAACUCAUCAUCAGGACGAUCUACUCCAAGCCCACCAACGUCGGCCAACAGGAGUAGUGGGAAAAACGCGUUCCGUGUCCAAGACGGGGAUGAGGGUUUGCUGCCAACGCCCAAAAAGUCGCCGUAUCCAGCCCGGCGCUGGAAAGCAGCUGAUGUGCCGGCAAGCUUACUUAAUGUUGGUGCUGGUGGAAACGAAAUUCUUGUUUCAGCUUCUUUAGUUGAAGUUUCGGCAUUGACUUCCAUAGAUUCAAAACAUAACGAUCUCAGUAGCGUGCUGGAAGGCGGAGCAGCCGCCUUAUCGUGGGCAGUAAAUGACAUUCCACGCGACAGCGGAAAAUGCAGGGUCCCGGACUCUCCCGCUUACGUUUUGCAGAGUCCUACACGGAAGGGAGAACCUUUGUUGAGCCCAAUGAAAGUACCUGAGGACGACGUGGUAAACGUUGACUCGUUUGAUCGCGUUGACCCGCGGCGGAUCGAACGGCUACACUCACAGACUGCAGGGCACGAUGACCCCACAGCGCUGCAGUGCCAUCGUACAAAUUCGUCUGACGGCAUCGCGUCUCUGCGCGCAAGGUCGCUGGAUAUACGCGAUGGGCUCAAAGAACUUGCUGAUGCGUACGAGCGUCUCGGUGAAGAAGAUGGGGAUGAUGUGGAUGAGACGACCAUGGAAGAAAUGUUCUCCACUGUAAGUCGACUCUAUACAAGAUUGCAGUCUCGUCAAAGCCGCCGCUCGAAUAGCAGCUGUAGUUUCGCGAGUGAUCAGUCUUCGGCGUCGAUCAACGCUAUGCUCGCGAACCUACAGCUUCUGCAAUGCCAAAAUAGUCGUAUAGAGGCCCAGAACCGCGAGAUCCUGUCGAAACUUAGCUCUGCGAACGGUCGAUAA